GCAUUUACUGACCUAUGACACAAGCUAACAAGCAUUUUACAACUGACAGUUAUUUAGGAAUCUAGCUGUAUGUUAAUGUUACAACAUCAUCAUAAUGUUAAUAUAUCCGUAGUAAUAAUGUUGAGAUAUUUUAACUGUAUCUUAUCAUUAUUACUACGUUGUUACAUUAACAUUCAGCUAGUGGUGUAUGUGGCACAGGGAAGACUUUAGUCUCAAAGUCAGCAGGUUCAAAUACAGUUAUAAUUUACUCAUUUUGGAUACCCGCCGAAUUUUUAUUUACUUUGUUGACUAAAAUCUUUACCUGCAGUAAAAACAUUUAGGAAGUAUUCGAUAUAAAUUCCAAUCUACGCGUCAUCGUUCAUAAGCGCCUCGUCGUUCGAGCGCGCUUAAAAAAGCAACACCGAAAGAAUGAACGAUGACUAUAGUGAUCUUCAAAAUAACUCUUCAAAGAAAUCUGACUUUGAGUCAGCGCUGUGUAAACACGCCAGCUCCCUGAAUCCUGUCUCCUCUGGAGGCCUGGACAACGGCAGCUCCAGCUGAAGUGUUGGCUCUUCUACAGCUGAGCUUUCCAGGAGCAUGGCUACCUGUGUGGCUCCCAUCCUUGAAGUUGCUUUGUAUGGAGGUAACACAAACCUUCCUGCUGAGAGGCCAAAUGAGCAAGUGGCCGUGAGCUGUGGCGAUGGCAGUCUGCCGCAAAAGAUCCUGUUUCCACCAGAGCGUCUCAGCUUGACAUGGACUCAAGUCCAUCAUAUUGGAGCAGGUCUCCAGAACCUGGGCAACACAUGUUUUCUGAAUUCAGCUCUCCAGUGUCUUUCAUACACUCCACCACUUGCUAACUACAUGCUGUCCAGAGAACAUUCCAAAACAUGUCAUGAGCCCGAAUUUUGCAUGCUGUGUAUCAUGCAGAAUCACACCAUUCAGGUGUUUGCUAAUUCGGGGAAUGCCAUCAAGCCCCUUGGUGUGUUAUAUGAACUAAAACGGAUUGCAAAGCAUUUCCGGUGUGGGAAUCAAGAAGAUGCCCAUGAGUUCCUGCGGUACACAGUGGAUGCUAUGCAAAAGUCCUGCCUGCCUAACAAUAAAUUGGACAGGCAAACGCAGGCUACUACUCUGAUCCAUCAGAUAUUUGGAGGAUAUUUGAGGUCCAGAGUGAAGUGUAUGAAUUGCAAAGCAGUAUCAGACACAUUUGAACCUUAUUUGGAUAUUGCACUGGACAUCGAGAAUUCCCCGACUAUUCUCAAGGCUUUUGAGCAGUUUGUUAAGGCUGAACAGCUUGAUUGGGAGAAUGCCUACAAGUGCAGCACUUGUAAGGAAAAGGUUCAGGCCUCAAAAAGAUUAAGUAUUCACCGCAACUCCAAUGUGCUCACUAUCUCUCUGAAGCGCUUUGACAACUUCAAUGAAGGCAAAAUCUGCAAGGACGUGAGAUACACUGAGUACUUUGACUUGCGGCCAUACAUGUCCCAGUCUCACGGAGAGCCGCAGAUUUACGGGCUGUAUGCUGUGCUGGUGCACUCAGGCUUCAGCUGCUAUGCCGGACACUACUACUGCUACGUAAAAGCAAGUAAUGGCCAGUGGUAUCAGAUGAAUGAUUCAUCAGUGACUCCCACUGAUAUACGAUCUGUGCUGAACCAGCAAGCAUACCUGCUGUUCUACAUCAAGCAAGGGUUUACAGAUCUGAAAAAUGGAGAUUUUAACCAGAAGGGUUUCACUAUAGGCCACUCAUCUCCCCAACCAGUAACACCUAAUCUAAACGAUCAUUCUUAUACAUCCUCAACCAUUAUCAGUCCACAGCUCCCUCCUACCAUGGUAAAGAAUAACUCGUAUGUCAAUGGCAACGGCUCCUCAAAGGAGUACCACAACAGCUCAAAGCCCAGCAGCAGUGACAUCAACAGCAUUAGCAAAGCCACCUCCAAUGUGUCUUACUCUUACUCCCUAUCCUCCGCUUCUCAUCAACCCGUCCACCCCACGAGCAUGAAUGGUCUCAAGAUGAGAUUCACUCUCAGCAAUGGAAAGGUGGUGCGGUGCAGAAUCUUGGACAAUGGUACUUCUAAGCCUUCUGUUGCCAAGGCAGCCAGUGGGAAUGAUGGCAUGCACGGUCCUCACUUUAAUAGUUCGCACUCACACUCGCCUAAGACAAACGGAUCUAACUCCAAGUCUCACGUAGGUACAAAUGGGUCAGGACAUGGACAAGUCAAUGGCUUCAAACAUUCUUACAAGGCACUGGCUAAGCCAGCAGAACUGACACCUAGCACACAGGCCACAUUAACAGAGGCAUCAAGUCAAGUGAAGGCCACAACAGAGUCCACUCUAAGCAAUCACAGUCUCACGCAUCAAGGGAGCGAUGAGCUUACAUCACUGGAAAGACCCAGGAUGGAGACAGUGACUGUCAAGGGUGCAGUUAGCAAGGAAGAUGGAGAAAUGUGUCCGUCAGGCAAACCCAAUGCUUGUGAACAAAUAAGACUGGAUGAGCACCAAGAACAUGAUUUAAACCAGCCACAUGUUUCUACUGCCACAAAGGACAGAGAGAAGGAGUACCAUCGCAACUACAGAGAGCUCAAGGACAGGAGCAGAGAACGACCUGGACAUUGGCCAUGGAGAGAGUAUUAUCCACAGAAGGAGCGCUCUCGCAGUCGUCACAGAGAUGAAGAGUCAACUUGGUACUGUGAUAGAUAUUCCUACCAGCACGGAGACCGCUACUACAAAAGAGCCAGAGAGGAGCGGUCACAGGAUUGGGAGCAGGGCAGGACAUUCCAGAAUUCACACCGCUCGUCAAGCCACAAUUAUAGAGGACUAAUGUUGCCCCAUGCACAGGAAGACUGUCAUGACAGGUGCCACUACAAUGGAGAGCAGAGCAGCAAUAGAGCAAAGCCCUCAUCUCCAUGUACCACUAGCCCUUUGCCCCGGCACAGGAUAAGAAAAUGCAGCUUGUCUGGUGAAGAGAGCAAGUCUGAGGAGCACAGGGCCAAGAAAUGUAAAAAAUCAAAGAAGAAAAAUAAAGACAAGCACAGGAGUUCAGAAAGGGACGUGUCUGUCAAGAAACAGGAUAGCUGCUCCAGCCGACAGAAAAAAAAGAAGAGGAGGCAUGAGACAGAAGACAGACUUCACAGAGAGGGACAGUCCUCAGACAAGCACGAUUGGAAAGGCAGGAAUGGUGAAGAGAGGAAGAACCAUAAGCACCAGCGCAGCUUUGACCCAGAUAGUUCUCCUCACCGCUCCAAGCUGCCAUGUAUGGAGGUUCUUCCCCAGCUCAGUGGUUACUCAGGUGAUGUUAAGCAUUAUAAUGGAUAUGUCCAAGGAUUCUGUCAUAAAGAAGUAGUUGCAGAGAACAAAUAUGGAGACGUGAACCAUAUUUCCUCUAACAAUAGUGGGAAGAUUUCCUUAUGUGAAGGAGACAUGGGAGAGACAGGCCCUGUGCCAUGCAGAUGAAACAGUGAAUUCUGGAGAUAUGCCUCUGACCUAUGAUCUCUGAGGACAAAGGACAACUACACUUUACUAAAUAUUGUAAAGGUGCUUUAUUCAAUAAAGUCAUACUGUAUUUUUUGCAGCAAAAA